AUGAACACCUCCACCUCAAUCUGGAACGAAGAUCUGGGCGCCGAUGAGAGCCUCUUCCUGUCUCAGGAUGAGGUGCAGAAGGCGUUCCUGGAAGACUUGACCCGGGACAUCGCAUCGAGUUUCGACUUGAUUGCUUUGUCCGGUGAUGCAGAGAAGAGGAGAUCGCUGGCGAGCGAGAUCCUUGAAUCCAAUUCGAGUAAGUUCUUCGAUGCACAACCCCAAUCCCUGCACAACGAGGAUUGUGAGGCCUUGGUCGACAUUAUCGACAAGGUGCUCGAGGAGAUGCAGCAGGAAGCCGGCCAGGAGGCAACUCCGACGACGCUGGCUCCUGGGUCAGGGCCUCUUGCAGGCCUGCCGAUGCAUCGCCAGAUCUUCGAUCUGCUUAUCCUGAAGACCGCACAACUCCCGUGUGGGAAGGAUAAGGAGAAAGUGUACGAGGAUUUCAUUGCCCGUCAUGAUCCUGACACACUCUUCCGCUUGCUUGAGGUUUCGACCGACCAAGCUGUUUGGAAAGAUUGUGUCGAAGGGCAUCGGGCAACAGACCGCUCCUACUUUGCCGAUUGGCAAGAGGACUUUGUCUACUUCCGUCGUGGAUGGUAUGUAGUCUACCUUUGGGACGAGCUCGCCCCAGAUUGGUGGAAGAUAUAUGUUGGUCAAGCAGAGACACUGUUUGACAGAGCCAAUCAGCACCAUGCCAGGAGUAGGAAUACGAAUUCCAAUUCGUUUCUCUACUGGACAUGGCGUGGUGAUGGGGAAACAGCGAGCUUCUCGCUACGUAAAGGCAAGAUCAUGAAACUGGGACUCGACGAGAGUGGGUUCGAGGGCGAUGACGCCCGGCUGUUUCUGAACCUAGGAGAGAUGUGGUUUUCCCUCAUCUUUCAGUCUUUACAGAAGCAUGACCUGAAGGACUGGUUGCCAGAAGGUUGUGCUAAACCGGAUCAGAGUCGGGGGUUGAACGUUGCAUUACCUCUGCACCAAGGGUAUUCAAGUUCGUCCUACCGGGGAUUCGGAAAGUUGUUCAGAUCGGAAGAUCCUGCGGUACUGGCGUAUGCUCGACGCUUGGCGCAGCCUAUUUGGGAGAGCAACAAGGAGUACAUGAGGAAUUACUGGAAGGAUCCCAGCAACCGUGCGCGCCGCGAUGCAAAUCGGGCAGCGCGAAGGGCCGCUGGGACGACGUUGAGGGGCGACCCGAAACUGUACGCCAAGUCCACGAAGACUCUGAGGGAAACGGGGUCGCGCGCGGAGUUUCUCCGUGACCCCGAUCUGUCCCGGGGUGAGCCGAGGAGCACUUACUUCGAUAUCAACCUGUCUCCUCCAGGCCUUGCCUUAGAGAUCGUCGCCCUCCAUGUUCUUCCCCGCCAAAAGUCGCUUUGGAAAACCAAGAUCAUCCUCUACGCGACUCGAUCACGCAUUUCUUCCCACCACGUCCGCCGUUUCACUGCUUGGAAGUUUCCUGGAAAGGUUUGGCUGAAGGUAUGUGGUCCUCCUGACCUGUUGUGGCUGGGUGCAGCCAAAGGCCUUACUGACAGUUUGAUUCGCUCACAGGCUAUGAACCUUGCCCCCUGUCGUGUCGAUCCCACGAACCUUCGCCAAAUCAAGAGCGGAGUAGGCAAGACGUACUUGCUGGGCAUAUUAUUCUGCAAUGCCACGGCAGUUCAAGAGGUGCAGGAGCCUACCUUCCGAGGCUCCCACUAG